AUGUCAAAAUUCAAAGACAUCCAUGUUAUCGACAUGGACACCAUCGACAUCUCGAACCUCAACCGACAAUUUCUCUUUAGGAAAUUUGACGUAGGCAAGUCUAAGGCCGAGUGCGCAGCCCAGUUUGUCAUGCGUCGCGUCAAAGGCGUUACGAUAACUGCACACAACUGCCGUAUCCAAGACUUCGACGCCACUUUCUAUAAGCAGUUUCAAUUUGUCAUCUGCGGCCUGGACAGCAUUGAGGCGAGAAGAUGGAUCAAUGCCAUGUUAGUUUCAAUAGCCGAAGAGGGCGACGACCCUGACUCCCUUAUCCCCAUGAUAGAUGGUGGUACAGAAGGUUUCAAAGGCCAGGCUCGUGUAAUCGUUCCAUCGAUUACGUCCUGUAUCGAAUGCCAGCUGGAUAUGCAUGCACCCAGAGCUGCUGUUCCUCUUUGUACCAUCGCCUCAAUUCCGCGUCAACCGGAACACUGCAUCGAGUGGGCGCAUGUUAUCGCAUGGGACCAAGAGAAGCCCUUCCCUCAAUUGGACAAGGAUGACCCUGCCCAUGUUUCGUGGCUUUACCAGAAGGCCCUCACACGUGCAGAGGAGUUCAAGAUCUCCGGUGUCACUUACGCCCUGACACAAGGCGUCAUUAAGAACAUCAUUCCAGCCAUUGCGUCAACAAAUGCUAUCAUCGCGGCAGCAUGUUGUAACGAAGCGUUUAAGCUCGCAAGCUCUGCCGCACCAACGCUGGGAAUGGAAGAGAACUAUAUGAUGUACUCUGGUAACGACAGCAUCUACACAUAUACUUUCAAACACGAAAAGAAAGACGACUGUCCUGUUUGUGGUAAUCAGUCGCGUCCGUUAGAGGUCGACCCUAGUAGCACCCUUCAGGACCUUCUGGACUCAUUCGCUAUUCGUCCCGAAGCUCAAUUGAAGAAGCCUUCGAUCAGAGGAGAGGGAAAGACGCUCUACAUGCAGUUUCCGCCCAGCUUGGAAGAAAAGACACGUGCAAAUCUCCAAAAAACUAUCAAGGAUCUUGGGCUGGAAGAUGGACAAAAUGUGGUUGUUACAGAUCCUGCUUUCCCUCUUGAGUUCAACUUUUACCUGCGGUUCAAACAAACUGCGUAA